GCGUUCUCGCGCCAAUAUUUCAAUAAAAAGGGCGAGCGGACUCAGGAGCCUCCUCAGUCUCUGCUCUUCGUCUGUGUCUCAGCUGCUUCUUAGUUUAUAUUUCUUUUUAAAUUCACAAUCUUUUGAUUUGUUAACUUAUUUUUUAUUCACACGUCCGUCUGAACGCGAGGAUAUCAACAUGCAGUCUGCUCGCGCUCCUCUCUCCGGGAGGAAAGAGAGCUCCCUGAGCGGUCAGAUCAACAACAUGGCGCUGGACAAAGAGAACACGCCACCGAGUCUGAACACGACCCGCAUCCUGGCGUCAAAAACGGCGCGUAAAAUCUUCGACGACGCGCCCAAAGCUGUGAAGCAGAGCAGCGAGGAAGAGGAGCCGCUGCUGAAGGACAACCCUCGCCGCUUCGUCAUCUUCCCCAUCCAGUACCACGACAUCUGGCAGAUGUACAAGAAGGCCGAGGCGUCUUUCUGGACCGCAGAGGAGGUGGAUCUGUCGAAGGACCUGCAGCACUGGGAGUCUCUGAAGGACGAGGAGCGCUACUUCAUCUCUCACGUGUUGGCGUUCUUCGCCGCCAGCGACGGCAUCGUCAACGAGAACCUGGUGGAGCGCUUCAUGCAGGAGGUGCAGGUGACGGAGGCCAGGUGUUUCUAUGGUUUCCAGAUCGCCAUGGAGAACAUCCACUCGGAGAUGUACAGCCUCCUCAUCAACACCUACAUCAAGAAGCCCACAGAGAGAGAAUACCUGUUCAACGCCGUGGAGACUCUGCCGUGUGUGAAGAAGAAGGCCGUCUGGGCACUCAACUGGAUCGGCAACAAGAGCGCCAACUACGGAGAGCGCGUGGUGGCCUUCGCCGCCGUGGAGGGGAUCUUCUUCUCUGGUUCCUUCGCUGCCAUCUUCUGGCUGAAGAAGAGAGGCCUGAUGCCCGGCCUGACCUUCUCCAACGAGCUCAUCAGCAGAGACGAGGGUCUGCACUGUGACUUUGCGUGUCUGAUGUUCAAACACCUGGUGAACAAACCGUCUGCAGACACCGUCACCAACAUCAUCAAGAACGCCGUGGAGAUCGAGCAGGAGUUCCUGACGGAUGCUCUGCCGGUGAAGCUGAUCGGGAUGAACUGCGAGCUGAUGAAGCGGUACAUCGAGUUUGUAGCUGACAGACUGAUGCUGGAGCUCGGCUUCACAAAGAUCUACCGGGUGGAGAACCCCUUCGACUUCAUGGAGAACAUCUCUCUGGAGGGGAAGACCAACUUCUUCGAGAAGCGAGUGGGCGAGUACCAGAGGAUGGGCGUGAUGUCCGGCGCCACAGACAACACCUUCAGGCUGGACGCAGACUUCUGAGGUGUUCACCCCUCCCUCAGUGCAUGCUGGGAUUGUACAUGUAUACAAAUAGUUUUAUGAUGCAGCUUCUUCGUGAUGAAAUCAGAAGAAGUUUUUGUAAAUAACUUUUAAUCUGCAUUUUGUAACAACAUGUAAAUAUACGAGCUCUUGUGUAUGAAGUGGUGCGUUCAGGGACUGUUGAAUAUGUACAGAUUUAUAUUUUAGGGACUUGGUUUUGUAAUAAAACGUAUUUAAAGUGAAA